AUGGCAUACUACAUUCGCGUUCUUCUGUGUGCGAUACACAUACUAGAGAACUCCCAAAAGACGGCCAAACGGCGCGAGUUUCUAGCCCAGGAGCUUUCUAACGUCCUCCACCUCAAGUUCCUCAAAUCACAGGGGGAAGUUAAGCGAAUAGUUCAGUGCUUCAAAGCAGAAAAGUACUUUGAGCGAGUUCCAGAUACCUAUGACAACUUGGGCAACGAAGCAGUUGUCCUCAAGGACGGGCCGAUCGAGAAGAGAGAUCGGAAGACGUACUACAGUCUUCAACUGUGCAAGCCAGGAUUGACUCCCAGACAGGCGGCGUCUUUUCUAACGAAUCUCGCCGAGUUCUACAACCAACCAAGUCCGGGACUCACGACUAUGGUCCCUGAAGGGAUCGAGUUCUCAGAGUUUUCCUUGAGUACGUGCUUCGCAAACCUGAAUCUGAUCACGAGUUUCAUCAUCGACCUGGAGAAGCACCUGAACCUCCCGCCGGUGAGCUACACAAAAGGGCAGUUGUACGUCUCUCGCAUUCAUCAGCUGGACGCCGAACUCGCCACCGUCAGGAGGAGACUCGACCUCCGAGGAAUUGUACCCGACAUUGACAAGCUAUCGGAGCCUGCCGUGGCUUUUGCGGCAAAGGACAAGAUCCUCGAGGCCAUUGAGGAGAAAUUGGGCAUCUGCAUUGGAGCACGCUACUGGUUUCUGGUGUUGAGCUGUAUCGACAGUUUUCCUGAUCUCGGCCAUCAUGCUAUGAGCAGAGUGAGCUUCAACAUCGGCUUUCCGGUCUCAGCAUGUACAUGUGGCUUGGAGCAUUUAGACAAACCUGUCAACAAGAAGAAGAAGAAGAAGAAGCUAAAAAAGAAGAAGAAAAAGAGCGCGCAGCAGCCCGAUGUCCAGCUCGAGGAAGCGGCUGCCCUGGCCGAUGAUCCCACUACCACAUCACCUUCAAAGGCUGGGGGAGAUUCCUCAGUUGAUGGGCUUGGAACUUCCAAGACCGAAUCGCUGGCCUUGGGAUAUUCUGAGCGCGAUUUUUCCACCCAAAAAGGCAUCUUCAGCGUCCACCGGGACUCAGACGCCGCAUCAAGUAACACAAUCACUGACCAUAUUGACACCAAGUCCUUCGUUUCCGUCAACAAUCUUCUCGCCAACUUCCCCCGGGCCCCAGCCGCCGUCCCCGGUCAUACGAAUGUCACCCCUACGGAAGAUAACUUUGGCGAGUCUCUCCAUAGAGACGACCAGGAGGAUGAGGACAGGGAUAACGACAAGGAUGGGGACGUAGAUGAGGGCGAGGUCAGGGUGGAUAUCCAGGAAGAUUUGCUGAAGCUUGAUGACAGCGUCGUUAACGACAAAGCUCUCGAGCUCAAAAACAACAAAGACCGCGCCAAUGACACCUUUUCUGCCACUCCCCCAGGGGAAGUGAUCCAUGUGAGCGCGCGAACAGCCACUGUCAUGGCAACCAUGUUCGAUAAGAGCCUCCACCAGGGGUCCCUCACCUGGCCCGAGUUCACAGCCGCCAUGGUCGAGGUCGGCUUCACCGCCGACAGGAAGAAGGGUUCCGCCAUCGCCUUUGUGCCCUCACCGUCAGAGGACGGCAGUUAUAGAUGGAAACAGUCGAUCCAGUUCCACGUCACCCACGGCAGCAUCUCGUCGCAGAUCGAGGGGCAUCGUUCGCGCAGGAUGGCUGCGAGGCUGACUAGGGCUUUUGGCUGGAAUGCAAAGACAUUUCAGAUUGCUUGA